AUGGUUGACCACUCCGAAAUCCCAGGCACUUCCCACCUGGUUGAGCUUAGCAAAGAAAGACUGAUGGAGCUCAACGCAGGUGACAAAGAUAAAGACGUUAUUCUCAUUCCAACCCCAACUUCUGAUCCAAAUGAUCCACUCAAUUGGACUCGUACCAGGAAGUAUAUUCACAUGUUCGCUCUCAUCGUGUACAUCUUCGGGAUCGGGAUUCCGACCACUUCUAUUUACUCCAUUCUCACAGAGCUUUCAGACAAAACUGGAAUAUCUCUCGGAACCCUAAAUGAUGGAACUGGAUACAUGUUUUUGUUUCUUGGGCUUGCAAAUCUGUUUUUCCUACCAAUGGCAAUGCAGAUAGGAAAGAGACCAAUAUACAUCUUCUCGGUAACCUCAGUGUGCCUUCUGACACUCUGGGAGGCCUAUUGCUCCAGUGGAGGCGAAUGGAUCGGUUCUAAAAUUCUUCAAGGGUUUUUUGCUGCGCCGAUUGAGGCAAUGUGCGAAAUCACCGUCUCAGACGUGUUUUUCGAGCACGAGCGCGGAACAUGGAUGAGUGUAUAUGCUCUGGCUCUAUUUGCAUCUAACUACAUGGCACCAAUGGUCGCCGGAUUUAUUUCGGAUGGCCAAGGCUGGAAAUGGGUGAUUUACUGGAGUUGUAUCUGGAAUGGAAUCGCCGCUAUUUUGGUGUUUUUUCUCCUUGAGGAAACCAACUACAGCAGACCCGUUCCUAUCGAUGGUGAGACCGACCAGCUGGAGAUCGUACUCAGCAAUGUUAAAUCUGGUACCGUUCAGGAGGUUUUGUCCCAGCAACUUUCUCACCAGCCUUCCGAGAAACAAGUUUUCAUUUCUGAGGUUGAGGUGCUGAAGGGAACUUUGAAACUGGACGAGACUAUUCCAGUCAAGACUUUUUGGCAGAAGCUUAGACUCUUUGAGGUGCGCAAUUGGGAAUGGUUUAAGCACUAUGCUACCGGGCCUUUCUUAAUGCUUCAGUUUCCAAUCGUUCUGUAUUCUGGAUUUCUGUAUGGGUCCACUCUUUUCUGGUACUCUGUCAUGAACGGAACAAUGUCCUCUGUGUUUACAGCACAUCCGUACAACUUCUCCAGUGCGAUGACAGGUCUUGUUUAUCUUGCGCCUUUGAUUUUUGCUGUUAUCUUCAACUUCUACGCAGGAUACGUCUCGGACUGGCUCAAGAUCAAGAUGGCCGAGAGACGUGGUGGAAUCUCUUACGCCGAAGACAGACUCUGGAUUCUGCUUCUGUACAUGAUCGUGGGACCAUGUGCCUUGUUUCUUUAUGGUAUUGGAGCGUACUAUGAGGUGCACUGGUUUGGUCUUGUAAUUGGUGCUGGUAUCACCGGUGGUUGCGUCGUGGUUGGAGCUGCUUCUGCUUGCUCGUACUGUAUCGACACCUACCGUGAGAUGAGUUGUGAGGCAAUGGUUGUCGUGGUCAUUAUUCGUAAUACCAUGAAUUUCGCCAUGGACUAUGGUAUUACCCCUUGGAUCACAAACACUGGGCUCAAAAACACCUUCAUUGCUGCAGGUUUUAUUAAUCUAUUCUGCAUUGGCACGUUCUUGAUAAUGGAGCUGACCGGGCCUUACUGGAGAAACAAGACUAAGGAGAAAUAUUGGAAGAUAAUCGAGAAGAGAAGAGCUGCUGGAAUUUGCCACUAA